CUGAUCUACAACUUCCGCCCUUCGUGCCCGGUGAUCUUUAGUAGCAGUCCGGGACGGACGCUCCUGUUGUUUCUGUGUUUCCUCCUCGGGUUUGAGCAUGACAUCCGUCAGUCUGACAGCGGAAUAAGAAGAUAAACCUGUGGCGUCACCACGCUGCCUGGCCUCAAUGAUCACCUGAGGGCUUCUCCACACGGAGCUCCUGGGCGGAAACAAGCUACCAUGUCAGGCGGGAAGCUGUUCGGAAAGGUUCGGUCCGCCUUCAGGAGGGACCGGACCGACUGGGACCUGAGCGACACGGCGCCCUUCGACCUCUCCGCCGAGCUGGAGGACGACGACGGCCCGAAGUUCAACCAGCUGAAGGUGGUGGUCUCCGGGGACAUGUCGGACUACUCGGCCGGGGCUCCGUCCAACGGAGCGCCGGUCAACACGGUGCUGGUGUCCGCAGAGGAGGACGACGACGACUCCCUGCUGGACCCGACCGCCGGUCUGCCCGGUACCAACAUGGACCCGUGUGAGACCUGCAUCCGGAGGAGGGAGAGGAUGAGGCACCGCAGGGUGAUGAAGAGGCUGGUCAUCGCUGCUCUGCUCUACUUCCUGUUCAUGACAGGUGAAGUCAUAGAGGUGGUGUCGGCGGUCCUCAGCGUGCUCCUCAUCUACAUCCUGACGGCCGUCCUGCUGUACGAGGCGGUCCAGAGGACCGUCCACCAGAACUUUGACAUCGAUGGAGACGUCAUGCUGAUCACUGCAGCUGUGGGCGUGGCCGUGAACCUCAUAAUGGGUUUUUUAUUAAACCAAGGCGGUCACCUCCACUCACACGGACACGGACACUCUCACGGCGCCGCCGGUUCUGCCGGGUCGGGUCAGCAGAGACCGCACGGCAGCCUGGCUGUGAGGGCGGCCUUCAUCCACGCUUUGGGAGAUCUUCUUCAGAGCGUCGGGGUUCUGAUCGCUGCUUACAUCGUCCGCUUCAAGCCUGAGUUGAAGUUAGCAGAUCCCAUCUGCACCUACAUCUUCUCAGUUCUGGUUCUGUUCACCACGGUCCGUAUCAUCAGAGACACCAUAGUCAUCGUGUUGGAAGGUGUUCCCAGACACCUGGACAUCCAGCGGAUCAGGGAGGACCUGCUGAAGCUGGAGGACGUGCAGUCGGUGGACGAGCUGAACGUGUGGGCGCUGACGGCCGAUAAGACGGCGGCGCUGGUGCAUCUGCAGCUCACGCCCUCUAGUGCCAACAACUGGGAGGACGUCCAGGCCAAGGCCCGCCACCUGCUGCUGCACACCUACGGUCUGAGCCGCUGCACCGUGCAGGUCCAGAGCCACAGACAGAGGGCGCUGCGGAGCUGUGCUCACUGCCAGCAGCCCAGUGCCUGACCCCGCCCACACAGCCCACCUGGAGGUCCCGCUGCAGCGUGGAGCCACCCAGUGCCUGACCCCGCCCACACAGCCCACCUGGAGGUCCCAGCUGCAGCAUGGAGCCACCCAGGGCCUGACCCCGCCCACCCAGACAUCCUUACUGCAGUUUGACUGUUUGUUGCUGAAACAGCGCCUGAAGGUAAAGGUUUACCAGUGAGACCCUCACACAGGUGUUGGACUGGAUCCACCUGACGGGGGUCUGUGGGCGGUGGGACUUUGUUUCUUCUGGCUCGUCUCUCAGCUGCUGCAGGAAGAAAUCUGACAAUCUGAGUUUUACUGCAGCCGUGUUGGAAACUGUUCAACRUUUCUGUCUGCUAAGAUCAGACAAAAUGUCCCUGAAGUCAAAAAGYAAAUCCUCAGAUGGAGGAGUUCACGUGUCCUUAAAUAAAACCGUUAAAUUUACCGUGUUAACGGCAGGCGAUCAAAGCUUUCUGUCUGAUUUCAGACUACACAGCGAGGAUCUUUAAAGUGUUUCCUCCAGAGUUAGGAGGCUGUUCUGAUAAAACUUUCAAUUAAAACUAAAGUAUUGUUUGUUUCUAAUAAAGACUUAAAACUUCCUGUA